AUGAAACUCAGAAUAUUUGAUGGAAUUAUUGACAUUUUAAACCAAGCAGUAGAUGAAAUGCGUGAAUAUAUUGAACAAAACCAAUUACUUCAAAAUCAAAUGCAAAACUACUUUGAAGAAAUACAAACCCUUCAAACUAGUAACAUUGAAGCUAUGUAUGAAAAUAAACAACUCAAAAAUGAAAUUGAAGAAAAAGAUGAUUUACUAUUUCGUUAUGAUGAAGCAUAUAAAAAACUCAAUGAAGUAUACCAAAAAAAUAUGACUAAACUAAAACAAAUUAUGGAAGAAAACAACAAACUAAGCAAAGAAAUCAAAGCAAAAGAAUCGAUACAACAUAAUAUAAUCAACGAAAACAAUAUACUAAAGCUGGAAAUUGAAAGAAAAGAUAGGAUACUUAAUCCAUUAAUUGAAGAGAAAAAGAGAGAAAGAAAAUUUCAAUUCCUUUCUGCGUGGGAAUAUGGAGAUUUACAAAAAAUUAAAACUCUCAUUGAAAAUGGUUGUGAUAUAGAAGCAAGGGAAGAGUUUGGAAGAACUGCACUUAUGCGAGCUUCAAAAAAUGGCCAAUAUGAAGUUGUUAAAUAUCUUAUCUCUGCAAGGCGCUAA